GGCACACAUGGGGCACAGAUCGCUGCUCCUGCUGCUCUCCGGGGCCCUGGCCCUGACCGAGACCCGGGCGGCCUCACCGCCUAGGACCCAGGACGUGCGUUCUACGCCCUCCCUAGGCCCUCACAGCCUGAGAAUAUUCAGUACCUGCGUUUCCAGACCGGGCCGCGGAACCCGGUACAUCGUCGUCGGCUACGCGGAGGACACGGAGAUCGCUCGGUUCGACAGCGACGCCCCGAAGCCGAGGCUGGAGCCGCGGGUGCCGUGGUUGAAGCAUCCGUGGGUGGAGCAGGAGCAUCCACAUUUUUGGGACGACUACACGUGGGACAUCAAAAACUACGAAAACAUGUAUGGAGGGAACGUGAACAACCUGCGCGCCUACUACAACCAGAGCGAGGACGGGUCUCACACCUUCCAGGAAAUGAGGGGCUGCAUCCUGGGGUCGGAUGGUCGCUUGCUCCGUGGGUUCAGUCAGUUCGCCUACGAUGGCACUGACUACCUCGCCCUGAACGAGGACCUGCGCUCCUGGACUGCAACCGACAUGGUCGCCCAGAUCACCUGGCGCAAGGUGGUGCAAGUCGCUGAUCUGGACUACUGGAGGAGGGAACUGGAGGUCACCUGUGUGCGCUGGCUCCUCCUGCUCCUGGAGAAGGAGAAGGAGAAGAUGCUCCGAGCAGACCCUCCAAAGACACACCUGACCCACCACCCCAUCUCUGACCAUGAGGUCACCCUGAAGUGCUGGGCCCUGGGCUUCUACCCUGCGGACAUUACCCUGAUCUGGCAGCGUGAUGGAGAGGACCUGACCCAGGACAUGGAGCUGGUGGACACCAGGCCUGCAGGGGAUGGGACCUUCCAGAAGUGGGCUGCUCUGGUUGUGCCCCCUGGAGAGGAGCAGAGAUACACAUGCCAUGUGCGGCACCAGGGGCUGCCUGAGCCUCUGACCCUGAGAUGGGACCCCCAUCCUCAGACCACCAUCACCAUUGUGGGCAUCGCUGCUGCCCUGGGUCUCCUUGGAGCUGUGGUCAUUGCAGCUGUGCUGUGGAGGAAGAAGAGCUCAGGUUUUCUUCCCACAGGCAGAGGCAGGGAGAGCUACACUCAGGCUGCCUACAGCGACAGUGCCCAGGGCUCUGAUGUGUCUCUCACAGUUUCUGAAGAGUGACAGAGCUGCUUUCUACGGGACUUGGUGGUAACACAGUCACUGAAGCCUCCCCUUGGGACUUUAAGGGUCCCUGAUUGCUGUUUCUGCCACCAACAUCACAACACAUCUGCAUUCUUAUCAGCAUCAUGUGAAAGGCUGGUCACCAGGCCACCCUCCCCAGAGGUACUUGCAUCCUCUUCUCUGGGGACUGACCUGUCCUAGCCGAGUUGGGGUGAAGCCAUCCCCAUCCUGGUCAUUUCUCGUCUGGAUCAUCGUUGCUCUAUUGCCUUAGCUGCUUCAGGAGAACCUUGUCCCACCAGGCCUGGGAUCCCAAGGACUUGAGUCCCGGGCCUUGUUGUGGCUCCAGGACUGUGCUCAGUGAGGGCUUCCUGUGGGUGUGUCAGCCUGGGUUCAGGCCUGAGUCUGGUCCACAACCCCUAUGUUUUGGGUAUUUUUAUAGCUUCUUUGUUUCUGUAAAUAUUAUACCUAUUUUUGUUUUUUAAUUAAAUUAUUGGAGUAUUUUUAUUAAA